GACUACAGUGGAUUUUUGUUGGGACCUCCAUCCUGGAAAAAAGAAUAGUUGAGGCAAACCUUUUAGUGGGAAGAAAUCUACUUUUGAUGCUACCAACUCUAGUGGAGGGAGAGCCUCUAUCUCAGCUGAAUAGAUUCGUGAGUUUCGUGCUUAUCUAAGUCGGAUUGAUGUUGGUCAGGUUGAAGUGUCAGAUGAUGUGAAGGUUAACCAUGCUUUGGCCAUUUCUAGUGAAAAAGAUAAUUCUUGUAUGGAAGAAUGGAUUGUUGACAGUGGUGCCACCCAUCACAUGACUGACAAUCCUAAGUUUUUUUAUAAGUAUAAGCUAUCUUCUGGAAAGGAACGUGUUUCUCUUGCCGAUGGUUCCUUUACCUCUGUGGACUUGGUGACAGGGAAGAUGAUAGGGAUUGGUUUGGUGUCUGAAGGCUUAUAUCGACUUCCCAUCCGUGUGGCCAAUGCUCUUAUGACAUUAGUUAGCAGGACUGAGAAAAAGAGAGAAGAUUGUCUUCAAUUAUUUUUGUAUUGGCAUGAACGCCUUGGACAUCUCCCUUUUGGAGUUUUGAAACAGUUAUUUCCUGAGUUAUGUUCUAGUUUGGACAUAUCUAGGAUAUCUUGAGAUGUAUGUUAGUUUGCUAAACAUGUUAGAGCUUCAUACCCUGUUUCCAACA